CAGCACAUUGAGGCUCAAGACAAGCAGGAUGGUUCGCUGUCAUGAGUAUGGACGUAAUUUGUUUUUUCAGAUUCAAAUUACUUGCCUGGACAAUUUUUAUCUCUUCGCUAUUCGUGAUCCAUGGUGCAUCUCCUUUGGGGCUCCUUCCUGCUGCGGAUCCAUGCACACCAAAUCCUUGCCAAAACCGAGCCUUGUGUGAAAAGCGUGAAGAUGGCUACGCAUGCUUCUGUGUGCCGGGUUUUCAGGGUGCUCAUUGUCACAUUGAUGUCAACGAAUGUAUUUCCCAGCCCUGCAUGAACGGAGGCACCUGUGUGGACAAAGUGGGCCUCUUCUACUGUCUGUGUGCCCCUGGGUUCACUGGGGCCACUUGUGGGGUCUGGAUUGAUGAGUGUCAAUCACAGCUGUGUCUCAAUGGCGGCAGUUGCCACAACAACGUCGAUGGCUUCAUUUGCACCUGCACGCCUGGUUUCCAAGGACACCGUUGCGAAAUCAACAUCAAUGAGUGCCAAAAUGAGCCAUGCCCAAAUGGAGCUCUGUGUACAUAUGGAGUGAAUGGACAAUGUGAGCGCGUGGAGCAGCACUGUCACUCUCAGCCCUGCUUCAACAGCGCCAUCUGUAUGGAGAUUCAGGGUCAUUACAUCUGUCAAUGCUUGCCAGGGUUUGAGGGAACACUCUGUGAGCUAGACAUCAAUGAGUGUGGCAGUAACCCGUGUUUAAAUGGGGGCCGCUGCAUUGAGAGGUCGUGGCAGAUUCUUUUUGGCAUUGAGCCACUGCUCCCUGAACACUACGACCCUCAAAAUGCUGCAGGCUACAUUUGCAGCUGUCCUUCAGGAACGAAAGGUUCCCUCUGCCAGGAGCUAAUAGAUCACUGUGAUCCUAGCCCCUGCCAGAAUGGUGGGCGGUGUGAGAGCCAUGAUGGGGGCUAUACAUGUCACUGCAAUAAACAGCGUAGGUAUGGCUACAUUUAUGGAGGUGCAACCUGUGACGUGAAGUUGGUGGGCUGUGACGGCCACGAGUGCCAGAACCGUGGCUCCUGCAAUCCCUUCCUGUUGGAUGGAACUCAUGGCUACACCUGCUCCUGCUCACCCGGGUUUACCGGCCCCCUCUGCAAGACUCCCACCACCUUCUCAUUUGAACGUAGUGGUUACCUUCUGCUACAAAGCCCCUUUGUGGAUGCUGAGAUUUCUUGUAAUAUCACUCUUAGUUUCAAGACAGUGCUGCCCAGGGCUAUAUUGUUCCAGCGGAGCAUCAGGGGGCUGCUGCUGUGCCUGGAGCUGCAAGAGGGGCUGCUUCACCUCACACUGAGAAGGCAAGCUUCUGCCGGUAUCCAAGUACCGAGUCGAAUUGGGGCGUUGGAGCUGUCACACGCAGUCACGGAUGGAGAGUGGCACACUGUAGAGGCCGUCCUCACAAACUGGGUGCUCAGUCUGAGACUUUUGGAUAAUGCAGACAAAUGUGACCGGCAGCUAUGUUACAAGGUGGCUGCAGUCCAGGGUAACAUGAAUGGCCAAGUGUCACCUCCUCAGAACACCUUCAUUGGAGGAGUGUUAAAGGACUCAAGCGAAGAACACUCAAUUCCGGCCUUCAUUGGGUGCAUGCGGGAUGUCUUGGUGGACUGGCAACUGAUCGUCCCUGAGGAGUGGCUGAGUGACUCUGCUGUCAAUGUGUCUCCUGGCUGCAGUCACCGGGAUCGCUGCUUGGAUGAGCCUUGCCAAAACAAUGGGCUGUGUGUCAACUUGUGGCAGAGCUACCAGUGCCAGUGUCCAAGGCCUUAUGAGGGGCAGGACUGUGAGGAGGAACAUGUGACUGCACGCUUUGGGAGCGAGGACUCACUCAGUUACGCUGCCUUCAACGUCACGGGUGACUCAGGUCAGGACCUCUCAAUCUCGCUCUUCUUGCGCACACGGAAGCCUGGCGGCCUCCUGCUGGCUUUGGGUAACAGCAGCCAGCAGUUCCUGCACGUGUGGCUGGAGGACGGCAUGGUAACAGCUCAGCUCAGAGACAUCGAGAGCCUGAGGGGAGAGAGUGCAGUCAAUGACGGGGAAGUUCACUUUAUAAAUUUGGAGGUGGCGAACGGGCGGAUGACUCUGGAUGUGGCUGCUCAAAAACAAGCUGAGGUAGAGGUCAGUACUCAUGGGGUUCAAAUAGGAGACACUGUCUAUGUUGGAGGUUUGCUGGAAAGCGAUGCUACUGCACUUUAUGGGGGUCAUUUCAAAGGAUGCAUCCAAGACCUCCAGAUAAAUAAAAGAAGACUUCAGUUUUUUGGUUUGGACUCCUCUUCAAUGAGAACGUUCCCUUUGCAAGUAAUGGAGAAUGUAACUGCUGGAUGCUCUGGAGACAACACCUGUAGUAGAAACCCUUGUUUAAACGGGGGAAUGUGUUACUCCAUGUGGGAUGAUUUCACCUGCGCGUGUCCACCCAGCACUGCAGGCCGGCAUUGUGAAGAGGUCAGAUGGUGCGAAUUGUCUCCGUGCCCUGCAGACGCCGAGUGCAAGAUGCUCCAACAAGGAUAUGAAUGUUACUCCAAUACUACUUUCUUCAACGACAGCACUGUGCUGGUCUAUACAGGAAAUGGACACGUAUUCCGCAACCUAACCAACAUCUCUGUGAAUGUUCGAACCCGCAAACGUAGUGCAGCCAUUUUACAUGCAGAGAAGGGCUCGGCCUUUGUCACGGUCUCUGUCCAGGAUGGUUUCCUCUUCAUGGAGCUUCAAAGCUCCAUCAGUGAUGCAGAAGGGGUGGAGAAAGACAAGCAAGGAAUAUCCACAGUCAGCCUUAACAGCAUGAAAUCAAUCAGUGAUGGUGAGUGGCACAGUGUCCACUUGUUCAUGACUGCACCGUGGGCAAAUGUGUCUCAGUGGACUCUGGUGUUAGAUGAUGAAGUAGAUGACGCCAUCACCUCCAGCGAUCAAGGAGGCAACCUGGACUUUCUCAGGAAGGGAGUUGACAUCUUUCUGGGAGGUUUGGGCUCAGAUGCUGGGUGGUCCUUGGCCGGAUGCUUGAGCACAGUGGAGAUAGGCGGUAUUGCUCUACCUUACUUGAGCGCUUCUCAGGUGAACCUUCCACGUUUGCAGGAGGAGCAGUUCAUUCAGAAGUCACUCAAUCCUCCUCUGGUCGGUUGCACUGGGGCGUCUGUGUGCACGCCCGAUCCAUGCUUGAAUGGAGGGGAAUGCCAGGAUUUAUUUAACUACUACAACUGCAGUUGUCCUGAGGGUUGGGUAGGGAGGCACUGUGGCUUCUUCACCAACACGUGCGCAUCCGACCCUUGUGUCCAUGGCAACUGCAGUGUCAACGGGGCGGCGUACGAGUGCUCUUGUGAACUCGGAUACACAGGAGUUGACUGUGAGGAGGAGGUGGACAUCUGUGAAAACCAUCUGUGUGCUCAUGGAGGCACCUGCUUACAUGGGCCUGACAGAUAUGCCUGUCUGUGCCCUGAGAACUACACUGGACCUCUCUGCAAUGAACGGGUUGAAGAAAUUCCUUGGUACAUUGUUGUCAGAAAUGUGCGGCCCAGACUCCCUGUGUCUGUAUGUGGGGAUGACAUCAAAAACUACACUUGUUUUAAUGGUGGCAACUGCAGUGACCGUGAGUUGUCAUGUGACUGCCCACCUGGCUUCACCGGACACCGGUGUGAGCAGGAGGUGGACGAGUGCAAAUCCAACCCUUGUCUGAACGGAGGAUACUGCCGCAACCUGGUCAACAAGUUCCUUUGUGUGUGCGACAUGAGCUACGCCGGCGACAUGUGCCAGACGGACUUGACCUCUGAAGGCGUGACACCUCACCUUCUGCUGGCCAUCAGUCUGGUUUCUGUCGUCCUCCUGCUGGUUCUCAUCUUGACCUCGGCUGGACUGGCGCUUGCGCUGAACCGCCGAGCCACUCGUGGCACCUACAGCCCCAGCCGGCAGGAGAAAGACGGCUCUCGGGUGGAGAUGUGGAGCAUCAGCCAGCCUCUGCCUAUGGAGAGGCUCAUCUGAGUGGAAAUCAUCCAGCGUCACAUAGGAACCUGCUACAUGCUGGAACGAGGCCUACACAUUUGCAUAUGCGUGUGCUGCAAAACUGUAAAGGCAACAUCAUUCAUUCAUCUUGCUUGAAAUCGCUGCACCUGGCGGAUUGGGCAUCCUUCAUCUGAAAUAGAUUUGUGCUCACAGUAGAUAGUUUGUUGGCCUAAUCUAUAUUUGCAAUGUACACGCACUACAUUGUACAUAUCGAUUAAGCACUGAAUGGUUCGACUUAAAGUCAUCUCGAGGAAAAGAAGAAGACAUCAUUUGAAAUUUUCUGUAUUGUGUUUAAACAGGACUGUUGUCGAGCACCAUAAGCUUUUACUAGACUGCUUGUGUAAAACUGUGGCAACGCAUCCUAAGAUAUUGUUGACCUUUGGUGGUGAAAAUGCUGUAUGUAAUCUUUAUGUGGUCGUGCGUUUAAAAAUACAAAACAUUUUUUGGAAGAUGUAUUUAACGCUGCAGCAUCAUAAUAGGAGGAAUCUGUGUUUGAAUUUAGAGAAGCAUUUGGAUGUAGUUUAAACAUAUGCUAACUUCAUUCAAAUGUGUCCAGAGGUGGGUAGUACUGUAACACGUUACAUCUACUUGAGUAACUUUUUGCCCCCCAAAAUUUUCUUUUUACUUGAGUAGAUUUUUGAAGAAGAAACACUAUUCUUCGGCUUGGUUCAUACCGCAGCUAUUAAUGCACGGGUCCAAUUUUUUCAUGUUUUUCCGAAGUGAGUGAGGCAUUAACUUGCGGGAAAGGUUGCAGAGAAGUGGCCCAUUUCAAAUCCAUCUGGGUCACUCUCGUAUGUGGUUUAAAUCCAAUCUGGGCCACAUUUUUCCAGAUUGUGGUGGCGGUCUGAACUGUCAAGUCUCACAAAUUGGAAGUCAUGCAGCAAUUACGUCAACAAGAGCAACAAAAAGGCAGUCUGAACGAGCACGCCAAAAAAACAGAUAUGUGAAAAAAAUCGGAAUUGUGCAUUAAGACCUGCAGUAUUAACCUAGCUUUACUCCGUAACGUUGGGCUACACUAGAGUCAUUAGAGUAAUUUUUCCUCCUUAUUCUACAUAUUGACUUUAUUUUUGCCAGAGAUGCCGACAGUAGCGCUACCUGUUUCAACAAUGUUUUUUUUUUUUUCCACUAGAGGGCACUCAUGCUCUUUGGACGGGUAAUGGGUCAUAGUGUUCUUGUCUAAAUUUAAUGAUUUUUGUGUCAUAUUUUUGGCAUAAUAUGGUCAUGUAAUUGGCUCAGGAGGGAUCCACAACCAUCGGGCAGGGGACCGGUAUCAGUCCGUGGCGCAUUUGCUACCGGGCCGCAGAGAAAUAAAUAAUUUGUUAACGACCGCAAUCUAGCCGUGCCUCUUGAGUAGAGAUUCGCAAAUGUUGCCCUCUAGUGGUUGGACGCCAUUACUGGAGUGUUUGCACACCUAUAGACCCCAAUCACGUGACGUCACAACUCCGCCCCCCUGACUGGUGCCGCCAUUUUGUCCGUCAGCUCAUCGUGUUUACAUAUUACCGCUACGUACAUUCCUCCUAUUACUGCGUGUUUUUCUGCGUGUCUAAGGAAUCACCGCCUAGUAAACGAACCCAAAAACCUUCCUGACAAUCGUUAACAUUCAUUAAUCAAAAUGGUGAAGGCAUGUGUGGCGGUUGGUUGCAGUAACAGAGAAGAUAAACGGUCAUUUUGGUAGUUGCUGUGUGCCCAUUGUUAAAAGGGCAAAUCUCUAAAGCAGCACGAUUUGUUUAUCUCAGUCCAUGAUGCGUUUGUGUCGACAGCCGUUAGACAGCGGCGAAAACAUCAAUAUGAUGCCAGCACGAUCGCAGACAUCACCAG